CUGACGUCACACACAACACGUGUUUUCGGAAGCAGUGCGUUCGUGCUGUGUGUGCUUGAACAUUUCUUGUUACUGCGUUUAAUCUUUUCUUUAAUUUAUAGCUUCGUCAUUUAAGAAAAGACACAAUCCGCCGUGAUGGGCGGUCUCCAGAAAAAGAAGUAUGAGAGUGGAGCAGUCACAAACUACAUAACUAGAAACAGAGCUCGCAAGAAGCUGAGUCUGAGUCUGGCUGAUUUCAGGCGGUUGUGCAUAUUGAAAGGAAUCUAUCCACAUGAACCCAAGCACAAAAAGAAGGUCAACAAGGGCUCGACAGCACCAAGAACUUUCUACCUGCUUAAAGACAUUCGCUUCCUCCUACACGAGCCCAUCGUUGGCAAGUUCAGAGAGUACAAGAUUUUUGUGCGUAAACUGCGGAAAGCAUAUGGCAAAGCUGAAUGGAGUGGAGUGCAGAGGCUUAAAGAGAGAAAGCCUUGUUAUAAACUUGACCACAUCAUCAAAGAGAGAUAUCCAACAUUCAUCGAUGCUCUGCGAGACGUCGAUGACUCUCUGUCCAUGUGCUUCCUGUUCUCUACAUUCGCUCGUACGGGAAAAUGCCACGUCCAGACCAUUCAGCUGUGCAGGAGACUCAGUGUUGAGUGGAUGAACUAUAUCAUCACCUCACGCUCAUUGAGAAAGGUUUUUCUAUCAAUUAAGGGGAUUUAUUACCAGGCAGAGGUCCUGGGACAAACGAUCACAUGGAUUGUGCCAUAUCAGUUUGCCCAUGAUCACCCGACAGAUGUAGACUACAGAGUUAUGGCCACAUUUACAGAACUCUACACAACGCUGCUCGGCUUUGUCAACUUCCGCCUUUACCAGACUCUCAACCUCCUCUACCCACCAAAGCUUGAUGGCCAAGGAGAAGUCAGUCUCAAAUCAGAGUGUGAUGAAGAUUACGCCCUGGAUUCAGAAAGCUAUUCAGAGAAACUGUCCGCGUUGAGUGCCAGUCUGGCCCGUACGGUUCCAACAGUAGAAGAAGAAGAAGCGGCGCUUGAUCAUUUUCCUGUUGAAGGGGAGGAUCUGGAGAAGAUGGAGGCCAGGGAAAAGGCGGAGCUGGAGAGGGACACACAGAAGAAACUCUUUGAAGGGCUCAAGAUUUUUCUCAACAGAGAGGUCCCCAGAGAGUCACUGGCAUUUGUGAUCCGGUGUUUUGGUGGGCAGGUGUCCUGGGAUAAAUCCCUGUGCAUCGGCAGUACGUAUGAUGUCACAGACGAAACAAUCACGCAUCACAUUGUGGACAGACCCAGCAUAGACAAGCAAUACAUCAACAGGUACUACAUCCAGCCCCAAUGGGUGUAUGAUUCAGUAAAUGCAAAGAUCCUGUUACCUGUAGAGGAUUAUUUCCUGGGUGUGACCAUGCCACCCCACCUGUCACCGUUCGUGGAGGAGAAAGAAGGAGAUUAUGUUCCACCUGAGAAGAUCAAACUUCUGGCUCUGCAGAGAGGAGAGAAAUCACAAGACGAUGACGAGGAGGAAGAAGAAGAUGAGGAAGAGGAAGAAGACGAGGAGGAUGAUGAUGAUGAGGCGGAUGAUCAGAGUGAGGAAGACGAGUCUGAAGAUGAAGCAAAUCUAGCGAAAAUGGAAGAGAUGAGAUCUAAAGGAAAGAGCUUACCUGUGAAGGUGACCCCUGGUAAAGUGAAACCGGAGAACCGUACGAGACUGGAAGAAGAGGAGAAAGCUGAGGAGAAAAGGCUCGCCAUCAUGAUGAUGAAGAAGAAAGAGAAAUACCUUUACGACAAGAUCAUGUUUGGCAAGAAGAGGAACAUCAGAGAGGCUAACAAGCUAGCGGCUAAGAGAAAAGCCCACGAUGAGGCCAGCAAAGCAGACAAAAAGAAGAAAAAGAAGAAGUGCUGAUGGACUGAUGGGAGUGCGUGCUAAAUGUAAAUGUUUUAUUUUGCAUAACACAAUAAUUGUUUAAAGUGAUGGACAUGAAUGAAGAUGUAAGGCAGAAUUUUAGCGAUUCUGGUGACUCAACUCCCCUUUCGCUUUUAUUGGGAAGAUGAUGCAAUAAACAUGAAUGCUAACUGAGGCGGUCUGUCCAUAAUGUUUUGCCCUCCACAAGAGAAAGUCAAAAUGAGUUUGUAAUAAAAAGAGGCUGUUUGACAUAAUUUUCUUGUUUGGGUGAAGAUUGUAUAUGAUUCACUGAACGCAAUUCGUUUUUUGUCCUUCUUUGUGUCACUUGUAACGUUAUUUGACACGUUUCUAAUAAACAUCUAAUGAAAAGAA